CGUCCAGUCCAGAGGAAAAUGAUGGGGAGCAAUGACUCAAACGGGCUUCUGAUUACCGAGAAGGGUCUAUCUGGCAUGGCUGCAAUGAGUGACAUGUUGCGCUUUUCCUAAAUGCUCGUCCCCUGCGACUAGACUGGCCAAUAUGUUGAGCCGACUCGUGAGCGGCAGUGAUCGAAGUCUUGACAGGGAAUUCAACUGUACAGUCCGACUGCUUGACGACUCGGAAUACACUUGCACGGUUCAGAGAGAUGCAAAGGGUCAGUGGCUGUUUGGGCAGGUUUGUCAGCAUCUGAACCUGCUGGAGAAAGACUACUUUGGCAUCAGAUUUGUGGACCCAGAAAAGCAACGGCAUUGGCUGGAGUUCAGCAAGCCAAUUACCAAACAAAUGAGAUCUCAGCCACCAUACACCAUGUGUUUACGUGUAAAGUUCUAUCCUCCGGACCCUGCAGCUCUUAAAGAAGAGAUCACUAGAUACUUGGUCUUCCUACAGAUUAAAAGAGAUUUGUAUCAUGGCCGACUUCUGUGUAAAAGUUUGGAUGCUGCCACAUUGGCGGCAUAUAUUCUGCAGGCUGAGAUUGGAGACUAUGACCCAGGAAAGCAUCCAGAUGGUUACAGUUCUAAGUUUCAGUUUUUUCCCAAGCAUUCUGAGCGCCUGGAACGCCGCAUUGCUGAAAUCCACCAAACGGAGCUGAUAGGCCAGAGUCCUGACACAUCCGAGUUGAAUUUCUUAAGGAAAGCUCAGACUCUAGAAACAUAUGGAGUAGAUCCACACCCCUGCAAGGAUGUGUCUGGCAAUGCAGCAUUUCUCGCUUUUACCCCGUUUGGCUUUGUGGUUCUGCAGGGGAACAGGAGCAUUCAUUUCCUCAAAUGGAACGAGGUGACCAAACUGAAGUUUGAAGGAAAGACAUUUCACAUAUAUGCAACUCACCAAGAGGAUCAGAAGAUCAUCUUGACCUAUUUUGCUCCAACGCCAGAGGCUUGCAAGCACCUGUGGAAGUGUGGGGUGGAAAACCAGGCUUUCUACCAGUUUGAGAAAUCAAGUCAAGUUCGCACUGUGUCUAGUAGUAAUCUCUUUUUCAAAGGGAGCCGUUUUAGAUAUAGUGGUAAAGUGGCAAAGGAGGUGAUGGAGCUGAGUGCCAAAAUCCGAAGAGAGCCACCAGAGAUCCACAGGGCUGGGAUGGUCCCCAGCAGGAGUUGUCCUUCAAUCACUCAUGGCCCACGACAGAGUAGUGUUCCCCGAACACGCAGGAGAGCAGUCCAUAUUUCCAUCAUGGAGGGUUUGGAGUCCUUGCGUGACAGUGGCCAUUCCACACCAGUGCGCUCUGUCUCCAAUAGCAACUCAUUCCUGCGCACGCAUGGAAAUACAGCUGUGGGAGGAAAUGGGAUGGCAGAAUUCUCAGAGGACUCCUACAGUCCCUCUGACAGCAUGCUUUCCACACCGGUGUUCAACGAGCACUCUUCAGACCAGGUAAAUGUUUGUCACACCAAUGGCCCCCGCAACAUCCAAGAUGAUCGGGGAACAGAAUUAGGCACACUAGACCGGGCAAGGCCACUUGGUGUUAUGUCCAAAGGAAAAGGUAUUCACCUGGAGAAGACUCGGCCGAUCCAACACAGCCCAGAGAAAGAGCGGGUAAAUGCGUUCAUCUGUAGCUUGGCACAUCUUUUCUUAGUGACCCUGGCUCUGCUCUUUGCACUCCUUCUCCUCCUUAUAGCGUUAACAGAGUCUGAGCUAGACUUGGCCUUUUUUAGGGACAUCCGGAGGACACCCGAAUUCCAGCAGUUCCACUAUGAAUACUUCUGCCCCCUUAGGCGCUGGCUGGCCUGCAAGUUGCGCUGGAUGGGUGGACAUCUCAUCAAUAAAUGAUAGUCUCAAGGGAUAAGUAGUCUGUAAGUGGGACGUGCCAAGUAGUAAUGUCAUAUUACCAUGAAAUAAGAAAUUACUAUUAUCUAGAGUACAUUGCCAAAGCCGUGGACUCUCUAAUACCAUGCCAAGACAACGUGUAUGUUUCAGCUCUAGUUUUUGUGCAAUUGUUCUCUGCAGCACUACUUUAUAGUUGGGUAAAAAUAUGGUAUGUGUAGCUUUAUAAAUGCUGCUGUCACCCACUUAUCCUUUAUCUAUUAUUGAAAUAUAAUAAUAACUACACUCAAAGAAUGCUCCCCCAGACUGUGAAGAGUGACAUAUUGCAGUCAAAGACAAAGAUGCCUUCAUUGAUCAGAUUUGUUCAAAUAGUGUAGACAGAGGUCUAAAUGUUUAUUAAUGGCAGAAUGAAGUUGAAAACAGCUUGAGAUUUUAGAAGGUUUUUUGGAUGAAGUACUUUGAAAAUGUAAAAUUUUACCACACCGGAAACAUGAUUGUGGGUAAAUGGUAUGGUUCAAAGUUAUUGAUAGAGUUAUCUCUUUUCAACAGUGCUCAUGAGGAUUCAUUUGUAUGAGUUCGACUAUAAGAUACUGGUCACUGUAAAUUUAAGACAUACUUAUUGGCCUUGACAUCUUGCUAUUCAACCCAAGUGAUAACAUUUAUAUAAUUCAUAUAUGUAGCUCAUAAAAAUGACCACUUAUAUUCAGUGAGAUGUCCUUUGUGGUCUUGAAGUUCAAAUGUUAUGAGAAUGGUGAAGAAAGUGUACUGAAUGGACAGUGUAAUGUGAAAUGUUUGAUACAUCUAAAAUGUUAUUCAAUUAUCUAUAACCCGAUUUGUAUUGAUUUGUUCAAUUACUUUAAAGUUUGCAAAAAAAAUGUUUAGGAGACAUCAUCCUUUCACUUACACAACCUAUCAUUUUUAAAUCAAAAUUAUAUUUUAGCAAAUGCCUGUGUAGGUGAUGAAAAAAAAAUGGUUGGUUAAAGAGUUGUGUGAUUAUGGCAAGAUCUUAUCAAAAGGAUUGGUAAAUGUGUUUUUUGUUUUGUUUUUUUUAUUAAACCAAAUGAUCCUAAAUUAAAUUUCUAUUAUAUUUCUGUUGUUUUCGGGAAACAUGAAACACACACACCCUAUCGUAUUGCUGUUUGUGAAAGUAUAUGUGUUUUCCUAAGGAAGUUUGAAUACUGGGCAAAUAAUUUGAUUCAAAUUGCGAACUGAUGGUACAAAAAUCAUCUGUGGACAAAAUUGUCAGAUGUUAUCAUCUCUGGACAUAACUGAACCAAAUCCUGUGGAUGUUUUCGCCUUCCAUAGUUGUGCCACUGAACAAAAGGGAACUUUUUAGGUAUCUUUGGUUGGAAAGCUUCUGUUAAGAAAGUAAACUAAAACAUGAGUACAGCUCAUUAGUAGCCUCAAAUAUCAGGCCUGCAGCAACUGCAUACAGUAUGUCCUGAAAGGUUUGAAUCAAAUUUGGGGAUUAAAAAUCUAGAAUGGAAUAUAGUGUGUAAAUGUAAAGUUAUGUGCUGUUGUGUGUAGUAUGUCAUUCAUGAAGUUGAGCACAGUAAAACUAGCAACAAUACCACUAAUGGCACAGCUGAAAACUUGCGUAAUUAUAUCCUGAUGUGUGUGUCUUUGUGGAGGUAAUAUCAUGUGAACAAAAAAGAAUGAAGCAAUAUAAAUGAUUUUGACAAGCCAGCAAAAUUAUUAUCUCAACCUAAAGCAACACGAUGGUUGAGAGCUGCAUACGAAAAUAAGUGAUCUAGGAAUUUGUUGAUUGUUUGUCUGUGAAGACUUAUAAAUCAGUGCUCCCAUAUACUGUGACUCUCUAAUCCUUUCUGAUGGUGACUGACAUUGUUCCAGCCAUUUCAAAUGGUAACUUUCACUCAAAGCAAUAGUAGAUUGAAAUGAAUACAUGUUGCAGCACAGCUGUAAUCUGAAAAUGGUUCAUGUAUCACACUGUUAUACAAUGAUCACUCAGCUGUGCCUGAGCCCAAUAUUUGCUAUUGGAAUACUUCUGUAUAACAUCAGAUUACUACUUUUGUGUUUAAAUUUCAUGAAUUUUAUUUUCGUUAUGUUUAAUACCAUAAUUUUUCUAAAUAAAUAAACCUUCUCCAAACCUUAA